AUGGCCAACUUCCGCUUGCAACCUACCCAACUUCCUUUCCUGGACAAUGUCUGCAUCCUCGAAGCUGUAGAUCAAUCAUCUGCCAGUAUACAGCUGAAUGCUCAACACAAGUUGCUCGUCAAAGCGGUCGGAUACCAUCUGCACCCCACCAUCAUCCAACCACACCUCCCCGCAGAGCCCAAAGUAGCCGAUCUGGGCGCAGGCACCGGCACCUUCCUCGUCGACAUAGCAAAUCAAUACCCAUCCACCGCCCAAUUCGACGGCUACGACAUCUCCGACGUCGCCUGGCUCCCUCCCACCGAACGCCCAGCAAACGUCACCCUCCACUUAACCAACUGUAAGAAGCCGCCACCUCCAGCCCUCCACGGCGCCUACGACCUCGUCACCCUGCGCUUCCUCAACUCCGGCAUGGGCAUCGAAGACUGGCACCCCCGCGCCUCGCACGCCUUCCAGCUCCUCAAACCCGGCGGCGCCCUCCAAUGGAUCGAAGCCAACUUCGCCCAGGUCCUCCCCAUCCUCCAAUCCCAUCCCGACGCCGUCACGAGCGCGAGCGAAAAAGGCACCGUCCGCGCCAUGCACGAAUCCCCGCACACGGACUGGUUCGUUGCGAACUUGCCCCCCAUCCUCGACUCCCUCGGCUUCCACGGGAUCAAGCAGAACGUCACGCGCACGGAUCGCCUGCCAGAGACGAGGGCGGAGUUGAGUCGGUUGUUUUUCGGCGCGCUGUAUGGCAUCUUGCGCCGGAUGGCGGCGAGCGGGCGCAAGGAUGCGUGGACUUUGGAGGAGGCGGAGGAGAUUUACGCCGAGAUGUUGCGCGAGGUCGAUGCGGGCGCGUACGUGACGUGUGAUUUGCAUCAGUUCUUUGCUUUCAAGCCUCUGUAG